GGGGAGAGGGGAGAGAGAUGCCGCUGGGGGCCCAGCUGCGGCGCCGCACCCCGUGAAGGGCUGACCUUCCACCCGGCCUCCUCCCCGACGGGCUGCCAAGACCGGGCCCGCCCCCACCAGCUCCGGGUGUUUGUGAAACUGAACACAACAGAAGUAUGGAUAUGGGAAACCAACACCCUGCCAUCACUAGGCUUCAGGAGAUCCAAAAGGAAGUGAAAAGCAUAGAGCAGCAAGUGAUGGGUUUCAGUGGUCUCUCCGACGACAAGAAUUAUAAGAAACUGGAGAGGAUCCUGACUAAACAGCUCUUUGAAAUAGAUUCCGUAGAUACGGAAGGAAAGGGAGAUAUUCAGCAGGCCCGGAAGAGGGCAGCCCAAGAGACGGAGCGACUGCUCAAAGAGCUGGAGCAGAAUGCCAACCACCCGCACCGGAUCGAAAUCCAGAACAUCUUCAAGGAGGCCCAGGCCCUGGUCAAAGAGAAGAUCGUGCCCUUCUACAGCGGGGGCAACUGCGUGACUGACGAGUUUGAGGAAGGCAUCCAGGACAUUAUCCUGAGGCUGACACACGUUAAGACUGGAGGGAAGGUCUCUCUGCGAAAAGCCCGCUACCACACACUGACCAAGAUCUGUGUGGUGCAAGAGAUCAUCGAGAACUGUGUGAAAAAGCAGCCCUCCCUGCCGCUCUCUGAAGACGCCCACCCUUCAGUGGCCAAGAUCAACUCUGUGAUGUGUGAGGUGAACAGGGCCCGGGGCACCCUGAUCGCCCUGCUGAUGGGUGUGGAGCAGAGCGAGACCUGCAGGCACUUAUCCUGCGUGCUCUCGGGGCUGAUCGCGGACCUGGACGCCCUGGAUGUAUGUGGCCGGACAGAGAUCCGGAACUACCGCAGGGAGGUGGUGGAAGACAUCAACCAGCUGCUGAAAUACCUGGACUUAGAGGAAGAAGCAGACACCACGCACGCAUUCGACCUGGGGCAGAACCAGUCCAUCCUCAAAAUCGAGAAGGUCCUCAAGAGGAUGAGAGAGAUCAAGAACGAGCUGCUCCAAGCCCAGAACCCCCCUGAGUUGUACCUGAGCUCCAAGACGGAGCUGCAGGGCCUGAUCGGGCAGCUGGAUGAGGUCAGCGUGGAGAAGAACCCCUGCAUCCGGGAGGCCAGGAGAAGGGCAGUGAUCGAAGUGCAGACACUCAUCACCUACGUCGACUUGAAGGAGGCCCUGGAGAAGAGGAAGCUGUUCGUCUCGGAGGAGCACCCCUCCCAUAAGGCCGUCUGGAAUGUCCUGGGCAACCUGUCGGAGAUCCAGGGAGAAGUUCUUUCCUUCGACGGGAAUCGGACUGACAAGAACUACAUCCGGCUGGAAGAGCUGCUCACCAAGCAGCUGCUGGCCCUGGAUGCAGUGGACCCGCAGGGAGAGGAGAAGUGCAAGGCUGCCCGGAAGCAGGCCGUCAGGCUCGCCCAGAACAUUCUCAGCUAUCUUGACAUGAAGUCUGACGAGUGGGAGUACUAAAGUGAGCACCGGCAGCUGCCACAGCUGAUGUUUCUCAUUUUGCACUUUAUAUAUACUUGUAUGUAUUUAUAGAGAGCUUCCAGUUCACUGAGUCUAAAUGUGAUAUAUACACGCAUAUUUCAAUCUCAGUAUUUAUGAUUGAAGCAAAUUAUAUUCAGUAUCUGCUGCUUUUGAUGUUGCAAAACAAAUAUCAUUACAGCACAUUAACUUUUCCAAUUGGA